AUGUUUCUCAAGGUUGUUUUAGUGGCACUUUUUGUAGCAGGGACGAUGUCCCACCCUCAGUCUCAUCCACCCUAUACGUCACCUACCCCAACAUACGGCGCUCCUGCUCGGUACGAUUUCAAUUGGACCGUCAAAGAUGACCAGUCUGGUAACGACUACGGUCAACAAGAGUCUCGUGACGGCGACAACACCCAUGGCUCUUAUCACGUGCUUCUUCCCGAUGGUCGUGUUGAAACUGUAGUCUACACUGUUAACGGUGACUCUGGCUACGUGGCUGAAGUGACUUACCAGGGCCAGGCCCAGCACCCAACGCACCAGACCUACACUCCAGUUCCUGUCUAUGGUUAAAUGAACAGUGACAUUGAUAUUAUAU